GUAUUAUACGCUAUGCGUAAAAAACAUAUGUAGUAAAUAUUUGUUUACAAAAUUUGUGCGAGAAUAAUUUUUCUUUUUUAAAAAGUGGAAUAUUUUUUUAUAGAUGCACCACCGCUAAUAAUUUCUGUUUUGUAGUAGUUACAUUACAUGUACUUUUAUUGGAAAAAUGCUUUAUUCUUAGUUUACAACAUUGUUUUAAUGUUUCUUUAUUCUUAGCAUUUUUACAUUGUUGAAUACAAAAUAUUGUAUGUUAUUAUAAAAUAUGGUGAAAUGUCUUAUAUGCCCUACCAGACAAUCAAGUAAAUAUUACGAACCUUUUUCAUUUCAUGUAAUUCCAAAACCUGAGGAAUUGAGAUUGAAAUGGCUUAGAGCAAUUGGGAAACAAGAACAUGAAAUUUCUCGUAGCGAUGUUAUUUGCUGUGAACAUUUUGAUCCAACAGAUAUAUUAGAAGCAGGAAGAUAUGGAACGCGACGUUUAAAAAAGGGUACUAUUCCAAAAAGAAAACUUGGAAAAAGAGGAAAAGAAUCAGACGCGGCAAGACCAUUAAAUGAAAGUUCUACACGUGAUGAAUAUUUGAAUUUGCCAAUCAAAAAAGAAUUAGAAGAUGAACUUAGUGACGGUACAUCAAAUAAUUGCUCAGAAACAUUUUCACAAAAAUAUGUUGAAGAUGAUGGAUAUUUAGAUUUGCCAAUCAAAGCAGAACCAAAAGACGAUCCUUACCCUUUUACUACUGAUAAUAUUAACAAUUUUAGUGUUCCUUUAAAAUCUAUUAACGAAGUAGAAGAAUGUCCAUAUCAACUAACUGAAACUAAUAUAAAUAUUUGUGUCAGAGUUCCGUCAAAAAAUACAAAUAUUGACCGAAAAUCUGAUGAGAAAAGAGAGUAA